AUGACGGACGUGAACUCGAGCGCAGGCGCGCGCGUCGCGGAGCGCAUGAACGCGUCCGACGGCGGCGGCGGCGGCAACGGCUCGGGCAGCGAGGCGGCCGCCUCCCCCGUGGAGACGAGCACUGUAGUGCUGUCCUUCAUCUACGCCGUCGUGUGCCUCGUUGGCCUCGUGGGCAACUCCAUGGUCAUCUACGUGAUCCUGCGCUACGCCAAGAUGAAGACGGCCACCAACAUCUACAUCCUCAACCUGGCCGUGGCCGACGAGCUCUUCAUGCUCAGCGUGCCCUUCCUCGCCACGUCCACCGCUCUGCACCACUGGCCCUUCGGGCCCUCGCUGUGCCGCCUGGUCCUCAGCGUGGACGGCAUCAACAUGUUCACGAGCGUCUUCUGUCUCACUGUGCUCAGCGCCGACCGCUACGUGGCCGUGGUGCACCCCAUCAAGGCGGCGCGCUACCGGCGACCGAGCGUGGCCAAGGCCAUCAACGUGGCCGUGUGGGCCCUCUCCAUGCUCGUCAUCCUGCCCAUCGUCGUGUACGCCGACACGCGGGAGAACAGCGACGGCUCCGUGGUGUGCAACCUGCUGUGGCCUCGCAAGCAGUGGUCCGCCGUGUUCGUGUUCUACACCUUCACGGUGGGCUUCCUGCUGCCCGUCGUGGCCAUCUGCCUCUGCUACGCGCUCAUCAUCGCCAAGAUGCGCUCCGUGGCGCUGCGCGCCGGCUGGCAGCAGCGGCGGCGCUCCGAGCGCAAGAUCACGCAGAUGGUCAUGAUGGUGGUGACGGUGUUCGUCAUCUGCUGGAUGCCCUUCUACAUCGUGCAGCUCAUCAACGCGUUCGAGCGUCAGCCGGGCGACACCGUCAACCAGCUGGCGGUCAUCCUGGGCUACGCCAACAGCUGCGCCAACCCGAUCCUCUACGGGUUCCUCUCGGACAACUUCAAGCGCUCGUUCCAGCGCGUGCUGUGCCUGCGCUGGCUGGAUAGGGACGGCGUCGAGGAGCCCGUGGACUAUUACACCACGGCCUUCAAGAGCGGCAGGGCCUACAGCCUCGAGGAGGACUUCAUCCAGCUGGGACAGAUGACGCUGAAGAACCUCAGUCGAAACGGGACGCUGGCGUCUCGCUCCACCACGCUGCGGUGAGACUUGUCGGCUCCGUCGAGGGUUCCAAUACGUUCUAUGCCGAUGUCGCUGCCGCUGACUGUGAAAGGCUCUUUUGUGUAUCGGGCGAGAAUUGCUUCGUGACGUUUUAAACCCUUGAUUGCAUUGUUCACUCACACGGUACGUUCGCCAAUUGGCACCUGUGUGCGUGUGUGUGUGUACGUACGUGUGCUUGCUGCCGUUGUGUGUUUUUAUUUAUGUAUUUAUGGAAAAUGUGAAUUAGACACGUGCAAUGGGCGCGUGUGGUCCGUUCAUUGGCACUGAAUAGACACCGCUUCGGUUUGGGGUUUGAAUUUCAGUUUCAGCCUCCAGGGGUUAAAGUGUGGAUAGAUUCAGCCCGGUAACCAAUGAUUGGAACGACACAGUCGUAUUGGAUUUGCAUUACCCCUUGCAUCGGCUUAUUACAGCUAACUUUGCGUCACAGAACGAUAUGAGGUCAAGUUUUCUUCCUUCGUUUCCAUUCCAGGUCUGAGGUUUAAAAAUAGUUUGACUUCCGUGCAGACGAAAACACUACAGGUGCGCCCCCUUGCGUAUAGAUCAAAUAGGCAACGUAUAUCGAUCUCUGAUGGCGUUCCAUUAUACCUACUUCCGGGGGCCCUUCUCUAACACACGGGGUUAUGCACUGAUUACUGCGGGAGUUCAAAAUGGGUUUCUUGGUCUCGCGACACGAUGCUGAUAGCACAUUUAG